AUGCUCACGAUACAGUUUGGGCAAUGCGGAAAUCAAUUGGGAUACGAUUUAUUCUCGAAGGUAUGUGCUGAUCUGAAAAGUCCAAAUACUGGCGUUUCUUAUUCUGCCAAUUACGAGUACACGGAAAACACAAUCGAGAAAUGGUUCGACGGAAUCACGAAAGGCGGUCAGCAUUUGGCAAGGGCGAUUCUCGUCGACACCGAAGAGAAAGUCGUCAACAAGAUAUGUAAGAAUACGAAUGCAUCUUGGAUGUACCGAACAAGUAACGUUAUUUGCCAGUCUGGCGGUGGUUCUGCCAACAAUUGGGCGUAUGGCUACAAAAUAAAUGGUCAACGAUUGUCAAAUAUUAUAUUGGAUGUUACGCGACGAGAGAUUGAGAAAUUGGAUCGAUUCCAAGGAUUUUUCUUGCUUCUCAGUUCGGCCGGGGGUACAGGAUCCGGUAUUGGCAGCCACAUGGUUGAACUUCUGCGUGAGGAGUAUAAAACCAAGCCUAUUGUUGCUACAAUGGUGUUACCAUUCACCUUUGGAGAAGUUUGUACUCAGAACUACAAUACUAUAUUGACAUUAGCUAAGUUUUCUGACAGAGCAGAUCUCUCUGUGUUAUUUGAAAACGAGCAGAUGCAUGCUAUAUGCACCAAUUUAUUGAAGAAUCCUAACAUCAUGUUAUGUGACAUGAAUAGCAUCAUCUCUGAGAAUCUGCUUGCUGCUUUUCAACCUAUCAAUAAUGCAAGACAUGAUGUGAAUUUUUUAGUAUCCAAAGUAGCUGCACAUCCAAAUUUUAGAUUUGUAACAGUCAAAAGUACUCCUCAUGCUUCUGAAACAUCCUUACAAUAUGAAUCUACAUACAAAUGGAAUGUGUAUAUACGUCAUUUGAAACAGACUCUUCGUAUAUCAAAGUCACAAAUGGAAUUAACAAACAUCCAAUUAAAAGUACCAAAUCCUAUAUUAAGCAAAACAACAGUGUCUCAUACAUACAGUCCUUGUGUGUCCAAUGUUCUUGUAACACGUGGCAGAUCUAUGGAGAAUGAUGUUGUAGCAUUGGAAGAUUUGCAAGAAAGACAUCUAUAUCCAGAGUGGAUUACACUGGAUUCAUUCACUCAUAUGCAUCAGGAACGCAGGUUUCUGAAUCGAGAUAAGUUCUUGGCAUUAGUCACUAACAAUUCGGAGAUACAUAAACCAUUGGAUGUUUACGCAGACAAAGCAUGGAAUUCUUAUAAAUGUGCAGCUUUUUUGCAUCAGUAUAAACAGUUUGGUCUGGAGGAAGAUGAUUUCCUGCGUGCUUUUGCAAAAGUUGAGAAUGUAGUGCAGGAAUAUAAAAGCUUGAAGAACGAUAAUGGAAACUAA